UCAAAACAGCUAGAUCUUGACUUAGCCUGUUGCCAGAGGUAGUCUCCCUCACAUUCUUUCACUUAAUCACCCAUUCCUGUGUCGGCAACUGUCUCCUCACUCACUUUGCUUCUGCUUUUCUCCUUCACAAUCAGCUUCACUCUCAUUCAGGAAUGGAGGUGGCUUCCUUAAUUGUAUCACCUCUUCUACAGGGGAUCUAUGGCAAAUUGGCUUCUUAUGUCAACGGUGUGGAAACUCCUAAAGUUCAGAAGAAGAAUAUCAAGAAGUUACAAGAUAAGUUGUCCAUCAUUCAAGCUGUAAUUCAAGAUGCAGAAGAAAGACAACUAAAUGAUAAUAGGGUGAAGAUUUGGCUGUCAAAGCUUAGGGAUGCGGCUUAUGAUGCUGAUGAUCUCUUGGAUGAGAUCACUACUCAACGUUUGCUGAGGCGUUCGCUGAAGGAAAGGGUUCCAAGUGAAUGUUCGCCCUGGAACUGGAAGGAUCCAGUCAAAGACAAGCUUAGAAGAAUUCAGUCAUCGAUAAGUAAAGAUACUCAAAGGAACGUUCGGAUCACUACUUUCGCUAUUCAAUCCAUCUUUAGUAGCUUUAAAAUGCGAGGUAAGCUUACAGAUAUUAUUGAAAGAUUGGACGAUAUAGCAAGCGAGAUGUCUACUUUCAGUUUCAAAGAUGUGGUAGCUUAUAAAAGCUCAGAUACUAGAGAGAAGCGUGAAACUGGACCUGACGUGGAUGAAUCAGAAGUUCAUGGUCGAGCAGAUGACGUGAAAAAGAUUGUUGAUUUGUUAUUAUCAUCCAGUGCUGAUACUUGGGUGAUUCCAAUCGUUGGGAUUGGGGGAAUCGGGAAGACAACCCUUGCUCAACUAGUUUACAAUGAUCCGAGGCUGGAUGGUCAUUUUGAUAAGAAAAUUUGGGUUUCUUUGUAUGACAGUUUCAGCACAAAGAGGCUUCUGACUGAGAUUCUGGAGUGUUUGACUGAACAUAGAUGCGAAUCCUCUCAUAUGGGUGUUCUUCAAUCCCAGCUGCGAGACUCAUUAUACGGAAAAAGAUAUCUACUUGUGAUGGACGACGUGUGGGGCGAUGAUCAAGAAGAGUGGGAUAAAGUACGGAGCCUGUUAAGAUGUGGAGCAGAAGGAAGCAAGAUUAUAGUCACCACCAGGACUGAAAGAGUUGCUUCUAUAAUGAGUAAUGCUCCUUCCCACUUGUUGGAAGGCCUAGCCAAAGAUGCUUGCUGGACUCUGUUUAAGCAGCAAGCUUUUGCAGAUGGAGAAGAAAAUGAAUUUCCAAACCUAUUGCCUAUUAGCCUGCGGAUUAUAGACAAGUGCCAAGGCGUGCCUUUAGCAGCUAAAGUACUUGGUGGCUUGUUACGGUCCAAAAGAGAGGAAGAUGAAUGGUUGCGUGUGCAAGAGAGUGAUCUAUGGAGCCUUGAUACAGGUGAGAACAGAAUAUUGUCAGUCCUGAGGUUGAGUUUCAAUCACUUGCCAUCAAAUUUAAAACGAUGCUUUGCAUACUGUGCCAUAUAUCCUAGAAAUUAUCAUUUGAAUAAAGAGAAGUUAAUCCAACAGUGGAUUGCUGGGGGCUUUGUUCAAUCUGCUGGUGAUAAUCCUGACAUGCUUGAGCAGAUGGGCAAUGAGUGCUUUAAUGAUUUACUGGAGAUGUCGUUUUUCCAACUCACAAGCAGUAGUGAUGCAGGGGAGUUCAAAAUACCCAGUUUGAUAUAUGAUCUUGCAAAACUUAUAGCUGGAAAAGAGUUCCUGACAAUAGAAAACAGUGAUCAGGCACAAGUGGUUACUGGUCAUAAUCUUGCAGAAACUCGAUACGCAUUGGUAGAGAAUAAUUACGGGUCUAGUCUCCUACCAAAAGCCUUAUACAAAGCACAUAAAUUGUGUUCCCUCAACUUCUUGGCUUCCGGAGAUAUAUCAAUGGAAGCCCAAAGAAACCUAGUCCAGUGUUUUAGGCACCUUAAAAUGCUGAAUUUGAGUGGAAGUGGCAUCAAAAAGUUGCACAGAUCAAUCGGUGAUCUGAUAUAUUUGAGAUAUCUUGAUCUCUCAAAUACUCCUCUCCAAACAUUACCGGAGACAAUUGGUCAUCUGUGCAAUUUGCGAACUCUUGACCUCUCAGGAUGCACCGAUCUGCUAGAGUUACCUGGAGAAAUAGUAAAGUUAGUAAACCUGAUGCAUUUAAACGUAAAGGAUUGUACAAGGCUUGCUAGCUUGCCUGCUUGUUGGUGGUCUAUGGUGAGGCUUCGGACUUUACCAAUAGUUAUUUCUAGUAAGAACCUACGUUUGCUUCGUCACCUAAAAAAUCUUCAAGGUGAGUUGAAAAUUAAGUACCUCGAGAAUUGUACAGAUCCAUCACUUAGGAUGCCAUACGGUGCCAUAGAAUUUGAACAGAAUUGUAGAGAUCCAUCAUUUAGGAUGCCACGCGGUGCCAAAGAAUUUGAACAUUGUUUGGUUCUGAAUCAUUUGCAACUUCGCACAUUGGAUCUAUUUUGGGGUGAUGGCGGCGAGGGCAAGUUAAAUCAAAACACAUCCAGACAAACAAGACGAUCAGAACUUCUUUCUCAACAACUGAUAAACUGGCUUAAACCAAGCCCGAAUAUAAGAAGGUUGUCAAUAAAAGGAUAUUUGGGAUGCGAAUUCCCCUUCUGGAUGGAGUCCGAUGCAAUCCACAACUUGACAGUACUCGAGUUAAUCAAUUGCAAAACUGUUGAAACUCUCCCCAUGCUUGGCCAACUUCCAUUCCUCAAGUGUCUCAACAUCCAAGGGAUGGACAAUGUGGUGAAAAUCGAUUAUGAGUUCUAUACUGGAGCUAUGUGUCCGUUUCCAUCAUUGAAUGAACUUACCCUUCAAGACUUCCCUGAACUAAGAACUUGGGAAGGCAUGGGUUCAACAGAAGCUUUCCCUUGCCUCAAGAAACUAUCCAUCAUGAAUUGUCCACUCUUAAAAACAAUGCCAUCCUUUGGUUUUCCUUGCCUCAAGAGACUAUCCAUCAUGAAAUGUCCACUCUUAAAGACAAUGCCGUCGUUUCCAACUCUUCAACACUUAAUGCUGAAGGACUGUGAUCCAUUGUUACUUAGAUCUGCAGCAGAUCUAAGAACACUUUUGACUCUUGUUAUUGACUCUUUCUGUGAGUUAGAUUUCAUACCAAAAGUACUACUGGAAAACUGUCUGCUUCUUGUGUCUUUGACAGUCAUCUCUUGUCCCAUGCUUCCUAGAUUGCCUGCUAAUUUGGGGAGAGUCACAGCUUUGAAGUCAUUGAAAAUUGGUUGGUGUGCGAUGCUAGACAGUUUGCCUCAUGGAUUAGCAAAUCUCAUCUCUCUAGAGAAUUUGGAAAUCAUCGAGUGCCCUUCUUUGGUUACUCUGCCAGAGCAAAGCUUAGAAAGAUUGAGCUCUCUCCGAUCCCUCUCUUUCGAAAACUGUAAUGGCUUUACUUCUUUGCCGAGAGGAAUGCAGCAUGCCACGGCCCUUGAGCGCCUAACAGUUAUGUAUUGUUCGAAUCUGGCUUCUCUACCUGAUGGCCUUCAAAAUCUCUUGGUGCUUAAGAGCUUGACCAUUUUAAGUUGCCCGGAAUUAGCAUCUCUCCCAGACGGAGUUCAACAUAUGAAGAUGCUACAAAAUCUGGAAAUCCGUAUCUGUCCAAAGAUCAUGGCACUGCCGAAGGUAAAGGACCUCAUUUCUCUAAGAUCUUUGGCAAUUUCAGACUGUCAAAAUAUAAAGUCUCUUCCAGAAGGCAUCGAGCAACUGAGUGGACUUCAACACCUGUCCAUUCAAGAUUGCCCUGAACUUGAAAAACGAUGCAAGAAAGGAGAAGGUGAGGACUGGCUGAAGAUAUCUCACAUCCCAUAUGUUUAUAUUGGAGCAUCAGUACUUCAAAACCGACGGGACACUGCAGCCAGCUCCUCAAGUUCUUAGGGGUCACACUGCCAUGUGGCCAGACCGGUGAUUCACACGGCCAAGAGACACGCCCGUGUCUUAGUCUGUGCAGACAUUUGAAAUAGGGACACACAAUCGUGUCCCAACCUGUGUACGUGCCCGUGCCUGUGUAACUCUCUGAGUUGGGUCACACGGCCAAGUGACACGCCAAUGUGCUAGGCCGUGUGGGUAUACUGACUUGCAUACGACCGUUAAUUCUCAAUAUGACAUUCGAGGCAAAGCCAUCCAGCUGGUA